AGCCAUUCACCAAUCCGUUCAGAAGCGAUGCCCAUGGCGUCCCCCCAAACCCUGCUCCUCUGCCUGCUGCUCCUGGCGGUCACUGAAGGCCAGAGUCAACAGGCCGCCAUCCCAGGCUGCUACUUGCACCCCUUCAACGUGACGGUGCGAAGUGACCGCCAAGGCACCUGCCAGGGCUCCCAUGUGGCACAGGCCUGUGUGGGCCACUGCGAGUCCAGCGCCUUCCCUUCCCGGUACUCCGUGCUGGUGGCCAGUGGUUAUCGACAUAACAUCACCUCCGUGUCUCAGUGCUGUACCAUCAGCGGCCUGAGGAAGGUGAAGGUGCAGCUGCGCUGUGGGGGGAGCCGGAAGGAGGAGCUGGAGGUCUUCACGGCCAGGGCCUGCCAGUGUGACAUGUGCCGCCUCUCGCGCUACUAGCCCUUCCUCCCCCCUUCCCCGCCCCCUGGUCACAGGGUUUAGCGUUGGAGUGUAGCCCACGUAUCCUGAACCUCAGUAAGGAUGACAGGUCCAACCCUCUGAAAAGAGGGGGGUUUCUGCCUCUUCCCCACCUCUGCCUAGCUUCCGAACCAGUCCUUCAUCAGUUCAC